UGUCCCGGGGUAGCGCAGUAUUGGGUGUCAUUUUAUGGCCACUGGAGUGCUGCAACACAUCCAAAUACUUUUCCAAAUACUCCAACAAAUGGCUUUUUUUCGCCUUUGGUCGGUGCCUCGCACGAAGAUGCUUACACAAUGUGGGAUGCGGGAAUGCUGGCCUCUGCAGGAAUAAAAGCUAUUGCAGAGACAGGUGAGUUGUUCAUGCCGCCUAUGCCGCGAGCCUCUUGUUAUUGCUACUCACACGUACAGAUACAAAAUGUGGAGUGACAUGACCAGAGCCUCACCAGGUGUCAAGAUUGUUGCCGAAACAGGUACGUGAGUUUUUUAGUCACCCUCGCGCAUAUCAGGCUCUCUCCUCCUUAGAGGCCCCUUUCUGUCGUUGGGAGAAGGAAAAAUAGUGCGCGCAGGGGACGAUUGGAAGGGGAAAGAGAGAGGCCCCGCUCCAACCUCGCUCCCGCCUUUUUUGUUUUCCCAUCGUCCUCCGCGCGCUUUCUUUUUUCUUUUUUCCAUUAUUGGUAAUUUUAUUGGGAUACCCAGCGGGAGCCUCUGCGGAAGAGAGAGGACGUAUCUUAUUCGAGGAGUUUUUCUCAAUGAUUGUACUGAUGUGCAUUUGUAAGCUGUAUUCAGAAAGUGCUCUUUUCUGUGAAACUAAAACAAUCUUAAGCCCCAGGGAAUUAUAGUUUGCUUAAGGCUGUUAUCCCUCAGCUUUAUUUUUGCAUAGAGUAUUCAGGAUUUUUUCAUAAAUUAGCUUAACUAACAAUUUUUCACCGAAAUGGAGGUGACUGGUCAGCGGCGAGGUAAAUAUCCACCACUUUGACCGACACUGAGCAUGAGGCGAAUAAUUUGUUCAGUCAGGAGCCUAUGACCUUAUUUUUAUGUAUACCACACAAGCUGGCGGACCAAAAAUGGACUUAAGAUUUCUCAAAUUCUCGAAAAUAAUAACAUCCACGCGCCACGCAACUUCGACAUCGUCAAGAGGGCCUUUCCCUCAUAAAAUGUGAGGGGACGAGGUUGCUCGUCGCACAAUGCAUUUAAAGGUUACAAAGUCACGUGUUAACUCUAGUGAUCAAAUGAAGUCAAACGAUGUGAUGAGCGAAACGAACGACUACAAAUAGUCGACGAUGUUCAAUUACAAAAUCCAAUGGUUUUUAAAACAAGUUUGAGGGAAAAUUUAGGAGUAAUUUGUUACCCAUUAUAUUUAUUAUGCGUGUGAUUGCAAGUUCCAAGUUAACUCUGCGUGUCUGCCUCAAAAUAAAGUUUACCACUUUUACUGCUCUGUACUCAUCCUGAACUACCCCUUGCCCGAAAGUAAAAAUUGGCAACAAUUCUCUACCACAUAUGUUGUUUAGGGACACAUUCAAGUAACGGAGAAAACUAGAGUCUUAAGAAUAAGAACUCAGUAAAACAUGAUAUGUUACUGAUAUAUACGACGAAAACUGCUUAAUUUCAGCGUGUAAAUAAAGCUUUCAAGCUUAUCUACACAAAUCAGUGCAAGCUGAGCUAAUCAAAUUAAGCUUACAUAUGCAAUCAUGUGGAAGAAGGUGCAAGUCACAAAUGGGUUUGGAUAAUUGCGCGAAAGGUAAGGUUCCUUUAUUAAUGAACAUUUUUUUGGUCUCUUAAGGUGACUCGACGCAGUUAUUUUGUGAGGGUACUAUCCUACUUUGAAGCUCUCUGGUAUCCUCACCUUUCUAACAUAUAGCAUGGAUAACAUAUAGAGCGUUUUCACUCACGUGACCAGCAUCUAUGCUAAUUUAUUGGAGCAAAAGAAAUUAUUUACAUGAGAAAAGAGUUCAACUCCCAGAGGAUUUUCUGGGUACACCAACAUGGCCGCCGUUUCAUUGUCGUGGAACACCAAUAUGGCGGCCGUGAUGUCAUGUGAAAACGCUCUAUAGAUCAAUCAAUCAAUCAAUCAAGCUUUAUUUACGGUAUCACUUCAUUAAAAAUACUCUUCCAGUGAGCCGUUUACAUAACAAAAUUUUCGGAGAAAAUUCAUGGUGCUCCGCUGCGCGCGCGAGAGAGCUCCGCCAAAAAGGCAUUACGUCCAUAAAUGGAUGUAUUUUGCCGGAAAAUUUCUUGGCUCGCAAAAAAUGGCUCCGGCGGGCAGGCUCGCACUUUAGCAACCCCCCUGAUUCACGUGGUUGUUGGAUACCUUAAGCCAGUCUCCCUCGAUCACAAGUAGGGUCGGGGGUUUCUCACGUGCAAGUGAUGUAGAGCGUUCGGUGUUACACUUCACUGUCGAUUGCACUUUCGAUUUUUAUUUCUUAAUGCCAUCGUCCCACUCAGCUUUAGAAAUGAAGCGUCAAUGAAGUUUUCAACGAUCGAAGCGUUGUCGUAUUUUUUAACGUUUUUUUUUUUAAUUAUUUAAAAUGUUUUUAUUGGCAAUUGCAAUUGAAAAAGUUCAUCUUAUAGUCAUUUGCUUUGUCCCGGGUUCUGUAUACUUGAAGCACAAACAAAUUUCAUCAAACAAAUCAACUCGAUCGUGCAGAUAAUAUUCUGUUCACGAUUAUGACAGACUCGCACGAAAAUAUAUACCCUAUCUAGGACAGACUAGUGCAAAAAAUAUAUAUACCCCUCUUUAGGGCAGAGGGGAGAAAAAUUAUACCUUGUUCAGCGGCACAUCCCCGAAUAGGCCAUAUCAGGGAGCAUCCACCUCGGGAUGAUUAGGCGGUAAUCUUGCUAUAUGACAACGUGUAAGCAAAGCCACGUUUCAGUUAACCUGUUGCAUCGAGGGAACCACGCAAAGAAAUAUGAGUAGAAAGAAAGAGCGAGGGGCUGGGGUAGGUCUCUCCUCUCUCUCUCUCCCUCUAUUCUUUCCCAUUUUUUCCCGCUCUCUAACUUCGCCCCGUACUCCACUAUCCGAACUCCUGGGACAGGUUACGUUUCAGUACCAGCAUCUCAAAGCGCUAGGCAAAGGUCCUUUUUCAUUCAUUGCCUUAGGCUAUUAACACAAUUGAGCUGAUUCGUUGAAGCCGAGUGGCUUGUUGACUUUAUUAAACAAGACCAAACAAAGAACGUCUACGUGUGUAGACUAAAGGCACUAGACACUAAGCCCAGUUUCUGCUGUGACGAUACAGACAUGGCGCUGUCGCUGAACAUGAUCUUUUUCACACUGGUUUGUUUUACUCUCUGCAGCUUUCGGCGGUCGAAUGCCUUUGAUAGCUCUAGUGGCAGUAGUGGCAGUAGUGGCAAACUGGAAGAUGAAUACUGCGGUAAAGAGCGCUUUUACUGUCCACAUGAUAGUACAUGUUACGAUCGCGAGCUCCGAUGCACCUCGGCGAAGGUCUGCGUCAGGGAUGCCAACAGUCCUGAGGAGAAAUGUUAUGAAAGUGAAACUCCCGGCAGGUACAAUUUCUUCAGAAAAGAAGCCCCUAUAAUCUUUAAUUGGUCAAAAAUCAAUCAUUGGUUUGUCGAGUACCGUGGUUUUGUGUACGAGUUCGGCAGUGGAGGAGAUCAGGAACUUGACGUUAAUGAUCCAAACUACAAGUACGGUCCGGGACGAGAAAAGGUAGUGAAGGAAGAAUUAAAGGGGUCCAGUAGCUGCACAAGGGAGCAAGUAACUUCAUUCAUUAAGAAGUGGAAAAUCGAUCAUCCAGAUUAUAAACUCGCUGCUAACAAUUGCCAGGACUUUUCUCAGGCGUUGAUUGAAGAGCUGAAAAAUAACUGCUCUAAGAGAAAGAAAAGGCAAACCAGUGAAAGCUCAAAUUAUCAAUGUGUUUUCACCUCUUCUGCUCCGUCCCAUAUCUUCCUCUCAAACUGGAAGUCGGUGGUUUUGUAUGGUCCGCUGAUCUUAACAUCCAUCGUUUUCACUGUGAACUAGAAAAUUAAUCGAAGCUAACGGACCUUGUUUGGUUUUCGAGUUCAAAGACAUCUCAAGCAAGUUAUUUUCAGUCUUAGAAUAUUGUAUUCUUGCUGAAGCUGAUUUAGAUUAUCUCUUGUUAUACUCAUGUUUUGUUCAUUUUUAUUGUAGCGCAAGGAUCAGAAGGAUACUUUGUUAUUUUAUUGCCGCUAAUAAUCUGUAGUUUUCAUAAUCGAAGCUCAAGAUGGGCGUUGUUUGGAAUUCAAAUUUUCUUAACGCUUGAUUAUACAUUUUAGUUUCCGUCCCAAUGAUUACGAUUGUAAAGCUUGUUGCUCAUGUUUAGUAAUUAAAAGGUUCCUUUUAAGCAGUUGUCCAAUAGUAUUUUCUGCGGACUGCUUUUCUACACGCAGCAAGCAGAGCCUUCUUUUGUCUUCUUGAGUGAGGAGGAGAAAAGGAGUCUCAGGCCUGUUUCAAACGUCGUCUGCCGUGCUAAAGUCGAAUUUAAUUCGAUCAAUUGAGUUCGGCACGGCAGUAGCACGACGUUUGAAACGGGUCUCAGUGUCUGAUUCGCUUCAGUUGAAGUCACCAGUAUCCUUUUAAUGACUAACCGAUACUCGUAACUGAGCCCAAUACACCAAGUGCACCGCUAUUAGGCCUGGAUCAACAAAAACGAAGCAGCCGUGACAUGCUCAACAAAUCAUACAGCGUGUUUAAUUUUCGAGUACGCUAAAAUCGAGCAAGUAUUGUAUCUAUUCUUCAUUUUUUAAGUAGAAAACAUCGAUCCUUCCUCCGUUCUGCUUUCUACCAUUGUAUUCCUUCGUUUCUGCGUCAGUUCGAUUCUCAGCAACCCUGUCACGACUAUUGCCAUGCUCUCUAAAUAAGAUUAGAUCAGAUUAGUAUUCAUGAUUGCAGGAACAACAAGACGCUAUGGAGCGUGCACUUCAGCAUCGUGGUUUGCACAGGCCGCCCAAACUCACGUCACGAGGAAAGUGUGUAAAGUAAUUUACUGACCAUAGGUGACGCGUGAGCUUUCUGCUGUUGGACGCGCCGUUGUCGCGUUACAGGCGACCGUUGAAAAUAAGAGACUUUGUAUAAGAAAUAAAAUACUGAGAUCUUCGAGAGCUAAAUAACGUUAAAUCUAAUUUUUUCUUAAAUGAAAUGAAUAAAAAAGACUUUAACUGCGAUGUAUUCUACUGUGUUUUAGUGUCUGCUUGUCGUUUUACUGUUUUUUUUUUGGCUUUAUUGCUUAACCACUGUUACUCCCUUCAUAAGACGAUGUCGUGUUACGAAGGGAGUAACAGUGGUUGUGCAACAAAGCCAAAAAAACAGUAAAACGACAAGCAGGCACUAAAACACAGUAGAAUAUAUUCUGAAAAGAGCAACAUCCAAGAGGCCUACUUGCCAAAAACUAGCAUUUCGGGGCAAAUUGUCUCUGAGAUAUUAGCCGAAUUAUGCUUUGAUGACUCCAUACAAAACCUUCUAAAUUUGACUUGGGUCUGAGCGUGAUGAAUAUCGAAGUAGAGGUGACAAAGGACUUUCCUUUGGUAUCUCUUGUCAGCAUGCUGGCUCCAUCGCCUGAUUGGUUCACUGGGAUCAAGAAGGUGUUCCUGUGUAACACCUCCAGCGGACUCUGGUUGGAUAGUUGGACAAUUGAUAUGCUGCAUCCUUGGGAUGCCGGUACCGACGACGGGGCAACAUUCGACGCCGCCAAUGCCGCGACUAGUCCACCCGGUUUCAUUACCAUGAUCACUAAAUCUGCGCCGCCAACCAGCUUUAUGCAAUUACCUGGGCCAUCCAUACCAAUAAUGGGUAAAAUGAUCUUUACGAGAACAAAUAGACCACUCAUGACCCAGUGCAGUGGCGAGGCGACUUACACAGUCAAGUUUGAAGCGAAAUGGUCAAUGGAAAUCCACCCCAACGGAUUCCCAAGUGGAGCCCACUUCUCGCCUCUUGUUAUUGCUACUCACACGUACAGAUACAAAAUGUGGAGUGACAUGACCAGAGCCUCACUAGGUGUCAAGAUUGUUGCCGAAACAGGUACGUGAGUUUUUUAGUCACCCUCGCGCGUAUCACGCUCUCUCCUCCGUAGAGGCCCCUUUUUGUCGUUGGGAGAAGGAAAAAUAGUGCGCGCAGGGGACCAUGGGAAGGGGAAAAAGAGAGGCUCCGUUCCAACCUCGCACCCGCCUUUUUUUGUUUUCCCAUCGUCCUCCGCGGGCUUUCUUUUUUCUUUUUUCUAUUAUUGCUAUCUUUAUUGGGAUACCCAGCAGGAGCCUCUGCGGAAGAGAGAGGACAUACCUUAUCCGAAGAGUUUUUCUCAAUGAUUGUACUGAUGUGCAUUUGCAAGCUGUAUCUAAAAAAUGCUCUUUUCUGUGAAACUAAAACAAUCUUAAGCCCCUGGGAAUUAUAGUUUGUUUAAGGCUAUUAUCCCUCAGCUUUAUUUCUGCAUAGCGUAUUCAGGAUUUUUUCAUAAAUUAGCUUAACUAACAAUUUUUCACCGAAAUGGAGGUGACUGGUCAGCGGCGAGGUAAAUAUCCACCACUUUGACCGACACUGAGCAUGAGGCGAAUAAUUUGUUCAGUCAGGAGCCUAUGACCUUAUUUUUAUGUAUACCACACAAGCUGGCGGACCAAAAAUGUACUUAAGGUUUCUCAAAUUCUCGAAAAUAAUAACAUCCACGCGCCACGCAAGUUCGACGUCGCCAAGAGGGCCUUUCCCUUAUAAAAUGCGAGGGGACGAGGUUGCGCGUCGCACAAUGCAUUUAAAGGUUACAAAGUCACUUGUUAACUCGAGUGAUCAAAUGAAGUCAAACGAUGUGAUGAGCGAAACGAACGACUACAAAUAGUCGACGAUGUUCAGUUACAAAAUCCAAUGGUUUUUAAUCCGACACUCCGUGAGCAGCGGCCCGUAGAUAGCUAAUUGGCCAACCUCGUCCCCAGGGGCUAGGGCUUUUCCCGUAGAAAAUGAGAGGGGCCCCUCCCAUUUUCCAAAGGAAAAAACCUGGGAACAAGGCGUGCCAAUCAGCGCGCGCAAAAAGUACUGUUCACCUGUGGGUAUACAGCUAUUUCGAGAAAGGUGUGUCGGGAAUAACUGCACGCGACUGACCCCGAAAGGCAUUGUAAGUAGUUUUGAUUUCACUGUCGUCAAAGAAAUUUGAAAGAAUGGUUCGAGAGGCUAUGUACGCAUGUUUGUGAGUGCUAAAGGAAAGCAACAAAAGUAGGUUCGACAGCCACAGUGUCGGAAACAGCACCUUUCGGGAUUGCCGCGGGCACGUUUUUCCCGACAACCUUUCUUGAACAAGAGGUACUUCAUAUUCUAAAGCUGAUCUGAUCAACAGAUCCACCAGGGACACGCUCAAUAUUGCAAUCCAUGAGUCACAAGCAAAACCUCCCAUAAUUGAGACAGUCAUACCGAGGAAGACCAUAGAGGUGUUCAGAUAGUGUUCACCCUUUAGUACGUAAAUGAUGUACGGCGCGACAGUCUUGCGCAGAGAAUGUAAUGAGAGUGCCUUAAUUGAUCUCAUUUCAAUUUAUUGUAUCACUACAAAGGAUUUUUACAGUCACUGCAUGCAAGAAUUAAAGCCACUGAAGGCGCGCAGUGAAUUGAAGAGAAGGAGGAAUUAAAUGAAUUUCAGUUACUUUGGGAUUUCCAUCAUUAGGCUACCGAUUGUUUUCUCGAAAAGAGUGCGUGCCUAAUAAUAUUUAGAAAAAAGAGAGUAUUCAGAAUACUCUAAUGAUUAUUCUCUUCUGGUUACAAGAGUGUGUAAGUCAUAUAUGACAAAGGAGAGACAUCUAAUUAAGUGCCGGCUUUAAAAAUUCUGUCAAACGUUUGUUCUCCUUGUGGUUCUGUGGUGUCAUAAGACAUUUCUGUUUUUUUUUUUAUCCCUGUUAGGAGUGACCAGUAUAUUGUAUAACGAAAUCAUGCAACUGAAAAAGCCCAACUUCGUAACAUGGUCUAUAGAACAGUCGGCGCCGUUAACGCUCCCGGGAAGGGGGGGGGAAACAAGCAUGAAAAUCGUUGUCAAAGACAAAUACUCCAUGGUGUCUUUAAUCACUAUGAUUGCGCCAUCCCCUGGCUGGUUCGUUGGAGUUGACAGCUAUGAUCUCUGUGGAAGCGAUGGUAGAUGGAAAGACACCGUGAUCAUGGACCUGCUACCAUGGCAUACUGGGACGGACAGUGGAACCAGCUUCCAAUCAUCUGACAUUCCGACCAUACCGAGUGACGUCAUCAAACGUAUCACCUCGAGCAGUAACACACAGAUGGGAGCAGGCGCCGACAAAGCCUUUGCAAGGGUGAGUCUUCCGAGGUCUUCCACGAUUUCUACAAUGGCUGCCACAGCUGCUAGGGUUGUCACAGCUGCCGCAGCUUCCCCAAGUUCGGCUUCCGAUUCCGUUAUUUCGAUAACGACGACUACCCAAACGUUCCAAACCACAACACCGACAAAUGGAGCAAUCUUUGUACAGCAUGACUGCCCUAACGCCAGUCUCUUCGUUUUUAUUGUCGCUUUGAUACGUGCAUUUUUUAAGGAGUUUGCAUAUUAA